CCUGCGCACGUCCCCACGCACGCUCCGGCGUACGGCGGCGGCCAGGGGUCGCGAGCCGGUGGGAGACCGGCGCGCGCGGAGCAGCCCGGGGAGUCGGCGCUUCUUUCCCUCCCUCCCCCCCCACUCCCCUCCCCGCUCCCUUCCCCCCUCCCCAAGAAUGUUCCGCUACGAGUCUUUGGAGGAUUGUCCUCUAGAUGAAGAUGAAGAUGCAUUUCAAGGCCUGGGAGAAGAAGAUGAAGAAAUUGAUCAAUUUAAUGAUGAUACAUUUGGGUCAGGUGCAGUUGAUGAUGAUUGGCAGGAAGCACAUGAGCGCCUGGCUGAGUUGGAAGAGAAGCUACCUGUGGCAGCUGAUGAACAAACAGGCAAUGGAGAGAGAGAUGAGAUGGACUUGUUGGGUGACCAUGAGGAGAAUCUGGCAGAAAGGCUCAGUAAGAUGGUGAUUGAAAAUGAGCUAGAAGAUCCAGCUAUCAUGAGGGCAGUGCAGACCAGGCCAGUUCUACAACCUCAACCGGGAAGUCUGAAUUCCAGCAUCUGGGAUGGAUCUGAAGUUCUGAGGCGAAUCCGUGGACCACUACUUGCUCAGGAAAUGCCUACAGUGUCUGUAUUAGAAUAUGCCUUGCCUCAGAGGCCCCCACAAGGCCCAGAAGAUGACCGGGACCUUUCUGAGCGAGCUUUACCAAGGCGGUCCACAUCACCUAUCAUUGGCAGCCCUCCUGUUAGAGCCGUUCCUAUAGGCACCCCGCCUAAGCAGAUGGCUGUCCCCAGCUUCAACCAACAGAUUCUGUGUCCGAAGCCCGUUCAUGUUCGACCCCCAAUGCCACCACGUUAUCCUGCUCCCUAUGGUGAGAGAAUGUCUCCAAACCAGCUCUGCAGUGUCCCGAACGCCUCCCUCCUGGGCCACCCUUUUCCUCCUAGUGUUCCUCCUGUACUCAGUCCCCUGCAGAGAGCACAGCUUCUUGGGGGAGCACAGCUACAGCCUGGACGAAUGUCUCCCAGCCAGUUUGCACGGGUCCCUGGAUUUGUUGGUAGCCCACUGGCUGCCAUGAAUCCUAAGUUGCUACAAGGACGCGUUGGGCAGAUGCUUCCCCCAGCACCAGGCUUCCGUGCCUUCUUUAGUGCUCCAGCCCCUGCUACACCACCUCCACAACAGCAUCCUCCUGGCCCAGGACCUCACCUACAAAACCUAAGAUCUCAGGUCCCAAUGUUUAGACCAGACACAACUCACCUUCAUCCACAGCACCGACGCCUGCUGCAUCAGAGGCAGCUGCAGAGUAGAAAUCAGCAUCGGAAUCUCAAUGGUACUGGAGACCGAGGUGGUCACCGGAGCAGUCAUCAGGACUAUCUCCGGAAGGAUCCAUAUGCUAAUCUGAUGUUGCCUCGGGAAAAGGACUGGGUCUCUAAGAUCCAGAUGAUGCAGCUGCAGAGCACUGAUCCCUACCUGGAUGAUUUCUAUUACCAGAAUUACUUUGAAAAACUGGAGAAAUUGUCAGCUGCUGAAGAAAUACAAGGUGAUGGCCCUAAGAAGGAGCGCACCAAGCUCAUCACCCCUCAGGUGGCCAAGCUGGAGCAUGCUUACAAGCCUGUGCAGUUUGAGGGCUCUUUGGGGAAGCUUACUGUCUCUAGUGUGAAUAAUCCUCGGAAGAUGAUAGAUGCUGUUGUGACAUCUCGGAGUGAGGAUGAUGAAACAAAAGAAAAACAAGUUCGGGAUAAGAGAAGAAAAACUCUUGUCAUAAUUGAGAAAACUUACAGUUUACUCCUUGAUGUGGAGGAUUAUGAAAGGCGCUAUCUCCUAAGUCUAGAAGAAGAGCGGCCCGCCCUGAUGGAUGAAAGAAAGCACAAAAUCUGUAGCAUGUAUGACAACCUGAGGGGCAAAUUGCCUGGACAAGAGAGGGCAAGUGAUGACCACUUUGUACAGAUCAUGUGUAUCCGAAAAGGGAAGAGAAUGGUUGCCCGAAUUCUCCCUUUCCUCUCCACAGACCAAGCAGCUGACAUUCUCAUGGCAACUGCCAGGAACCUCCCUUUCCUUAUCAAGAAGGAUGCACAAGAUGAGGUGCUGCCAUGCUUACUGGGUCCCUUCUCUCUCCUCCUCUAUCAUCUUCCUUCAGUGACUGUCACCAGCCUUCUGCAACAGCUAAUGAACCUACCUCAAAGUGCAACUGCACCAGCACCCUCCAAUUCUCACCUCACUGCUGUGCUCCAGAACAAGUUUGGCUUGUCACUGCUCCUAAUCCUACUAAGCCGUGGGGAAGAUCUACAGAGUUCAGAUCCUGCUAUAGAAUCAUCGCAAAAUAACCAAUGGACAGAGGUGAUGUUUAUGGCAACCCGAGAACUUCUACGUAUCCCCCAAGCAGCCCUGGCCAAGCCAAUCUCUAUACCUACAAAUCUAGUGUCCCUUUUUUCUCGCUAUGUUGACCGGCAGAAACUGAAUUUGCUGGAGACAAAACUGCAGCUGGUUCAGGGGAUACGAUAAAAGAUCUCCAGAGUGUCCUGUACCGCCUUUUGGCUGCCACCUGCACUGCUGCCAUCACCAAUGGAGUGUUUUUAAUGAGGGAGGGGGGUAGCUUAUGACCCAAAGCAAAGUCUGUGGGAUCCAUUCCUGUUUUCAGAAGUUAGCUCUGAAUGCCAGGUAUUUCCCACUGCUCUGAUACUUCUGCUGGGUGGUACUUCUGCUGGUUUCUUUUACCUUCUGCGUUACACUUUUGCAUGUCCUACUUUUACUCAAUUCUUCUCAAUUUUGCAUUUUCUUUGCCCUAGAGACACAAAUAUAAUGUCCCUUUAUCCCAUCACCACUAUUACAAUUCAAAGUAGGUUGUAGUCUACCGAAGGGCUCCUCCCCCCUUUGAAGUCUUUUUUCAUCUCCCCUUAUUAAUAUGACUAUAGGAGAGUCAAAAUUAAGUAGAAGUCAAGACAUAGGUAAAUAUACACACCCCUACACAAAUAUUCGUAUGGUCUCCAGAGGGUCCUUAAAGAAUGAGUUUUAGUUUGAAAAAUUAUUUAGUUAAUAUAUACCUCUAAAAAUAAACCAGCUGAUAUAUUUUUAAUCUGUCUGUUCCAUCUUGUCAUUUGGUGGAUUCUACUUUUUUAAUAUAUAAAUACAGGGUACACAGCACAUUACAUUAAAUCAAACUUGUUAAUUGGCUGAUGCCCAGAGGACUUUUCUUUCUCCCUACCUGUAUUUCCUUUGUUGCGCGCGCGCGCGCGCGCGCACGCACGCACACACACACACACACACACACACACACACACACGGUUAAGCCUUUUCCUAUGAUGACUACAGCGUGCUUGAGUCUGUCCCCUCAAGUGCAUUCAAGAGUACCCAAGAUGAGCCUCACGUAGAGCCUGCUUCCGCAGUGUAGUUUUGUGCACCUGCACUGUCUUCCUGACGUGACUUCUGUAAGCCAUGCUUCUGCUUCUCUUCCCCAUUUUCAUUUAGUAUCUUGGGUAGAAACCUCCAAAUGUAGCCAUGGCUGCUAAGCUUGGGCUCUGCUCUUCAGUCUCCUAUCCUGCAGCAGAACUGCUGUCCUGGCUGCUUAGUCUCACCUGAGCCCCAUCCACUGGCUGCCAGCCGGCCUGGGUCUGAAUCUUAGGGAUACUUCCCUUUCGCUCACCUUUCUUCCUUUCAGCAGUCAGCCAGGAUAAGGGACUCUACUCCCUAGUGGUUGCUAAAUUGAAUUUAUUUUAUAUUCCCUUCCUGAUCCUUCUUUCUGCUGUUCUCACCUUUUUGAAUGUAGUCGGGGGACAGGCUAUGAUAUUUAAAAAGAAUAAAUGUUUUGCACAUACAUGUAUUGUAUAACAGUAAAGCCCUCCGUUACAACCAGCUGUCUUUGUCCUCAUCUCCAUUCUUCUCAUUUUGUGGCCUCGGGCUCCACCAGCUGCUCCCCAGUGACAGUCCCUAGCUUCCUUCCACCAUCUGCUGACUGUCUUCACUGAGCCUUUCCUGCCUUCCCUUCACACCCAAUCAAGUAAACACUUGAUUAUUUUUCUUCCUUAUUGUGCUUUUUGUUCAGUUCUAAUUAAUAAAAAUAAAAGUUUCUAAAUUUACAUUUUUAUAGGGUAUUGUAAAUAAAACAAAUUGUAUACUUGAAAAAUGUGUGCUG